UCACUGGCGCCGGAGACCCCGAGUCGAGAGGUGAGCCUGCGUUCCACGGUGGCUGUCCACUCCUGGCUGGUGCUGAAGUCCCGGUGGUUAGUCGCGGAGGGCUGUGCUUUCAGGAAGGGAAUUUAUCGGUCAUUGGCCAAGUUCUGAGGAGUGCUAUUCCGGGAAAGGCUUUACAAACCCGUGGAUUUGCCUGGCGUGCUUGAGUGCUCCUCCACUUCGCUGUUUGUGGAUUAUAUCUCUGUUUCACCUGCCGCUGAACUCACAGGUGCUGACCAAUGAGGAGCCUGGUGUGCUGGUGGGCGGUAGCCUUCCUGGGGCUCGCUGUCUUGGGAUUGGAGGGCCGUCCAGGCCACGACGAGUUUUCGGCUCCACAGUAUCGACCAACAGUCAGAUUCCGCCACAAGGAUGGGAUUGUAGAGAGCUUACGGAUAAAGGGUGUGAGUGGGCCGUGUGAGCAUAAGUACUGUGGUCUGGGGCGGCACUGUGUGCUAGACCAGCAGACGGGCCUGGGUGAGUGUGUGUGUCUGGGCCGCUGCAAGCCCCACUACAAGCCUGUGUGCGGUUCUGACGGGCGGCUCUACCAGAACCACUGUGAGUUGCACCGCGCCUCCUGCCUGGCCCAUCACCGCAUCACCAUCAUGCACAGCGAGGAGUGUUUCUACAAGGAUGAUAACUGCCGUUUGGGAGAUUAUAAGAAGCUGAAGAGUAAGAUGGUCGACCUGCACGACCGGCGGUACAUGGCUCCUGGUAACCGUGGCGACUACCGUGACGACAUGGCGGUGCGGCAGCGCCUGGUGGACCUAAUGUUCAAACGCUUCGACGCCGACGGCAACGGGCGUGUGGACAGUAGCGAGCUGUCACAGGUGAUCAAGCAGGAAGGCCUGUCCAAAGCAGCUUCCGACUGCACGCUGUUUGACCUUCUCAAGUACAAUGACGAGGACAACGAUGAACAUCUCACAAAAGAAGAGUUCUACACUGCAUUCGAUGUGUUCCAGCUUGUCCUGCCUGAUGACCAAAAGCUGAGUGUCACCACGGUAACGGUUGGCCAGAGCGCAGUUCUGACGUGUGGCAUUAUGGGAGAACGGCGUCCACCAAUCAUCUGGAGGCGCAACGUACAGGCGCUCAACACACUGGAGCUCGAGGACAUCAACAUUCCUUCCCAGGAUUUUGGUGACGACGGGUCCCUGUACAUCACCAAGGUUACCACCACACACAUGGGAAACUACAGCUGCCACGCCGAUGGAUACGAGAAGCUCUCACAGAUACACACACUCCAGGUCAACGUGCCCCCAGUGAUCAGGGUGCACCCGGAGAGCCAGGCACGGGAGCCGGGCGUGACGGCCAGCCUGCGGUGCCACGCCGAGGGCAUCCCACAGCCACAGCUGGCCUGGCUCAAGAAUGGCAUGGACAUCACUACCAAGCUCUCUAAGCAGCUCACACUGCAAGCUAACGGCAGUGAGGUCCAUGUCAGCAACGUGCACUUUGAGGACACGGGGGCGUACACCUGCAUCGCCAAGAACGAGGCGGGUGUGGACGAGGACAUUUCCUCCCUGUUUGUGGAAGACUCCGCUCGGAAGACGCUUGCAAACAUACUGUGGAGGGAAGAAGGGCUGGGCAUCGGGAACAUGUUCUACGUGUUCUAUGAGGAUGGUGUGAAGGUCAUCCAGCCAGUGGCCUGUGAGAUCCAGAGACACAUCAAACCCAGUGAGAAGCUACUCGGCCGACAGGAGGAGGUAUGCCCGCGACAAGAGGGCGAGGAGCAGCAGAAGUGUGUGUGGUCUUCAGCCGUCAACGUGAAGGACAAAUUCAUCUACGCUACGCAGCCCCUCCUUAACAGAGUGCUCAUCGUAGACAUCCAAUCACAGAAGGCCGUUCAGACGGUCGCCACAGACGCGGUUCCGGUGAAGCUGCACUAUGAUAAAUCCCACGACCAGGUUUGGGUCCUGAGCUGGGGAGACCUGCAGAAGAGCUCUCCUACCCUGCAGGUGAUUGGCCAGGCAAGCGCCAGCUCUUCCCACCACACGGUACACACUCAGCCGGUGGGGCAGCACUUCGACCGUGUGGAGGACUUCUUCAUCCCCCCCGCCAGCCUCCUCAUCAGCCAUGUCAGGUUUGGGAUCAUCAUGCACAAGCAGGAGCCGGCGCUGCACAAGAUUGACCUGGAGAGCACGUCCUACGUGAAGAACAUCAGCCUGUGGGAGCACCGCUGCGUGCCGCGCGCACUGGCCUACACUCACCUGGGGGGCUACUACUUUGUCAGUUGCCAGGACGACAGCACGGGCGCACGGCGCCCCCAGCUGGUGCUGGACAGCGUGACGGACAGUGUGAUCGGCACCAACGGCGACGUCAGCGGCACGCCCUACGUCUCGCCCGACGGACGCCACCUGGUCACCGUGGACGACCGGGACGGGCUGAUGCGGGUCCAGCAGGUGUCGUGGCGCGGCGAAAUCGGCCAGCCCUUCGACAUCCACACCAACCUGCACCUCUCGGACCUGGCCUUCCUGCCCAGCUUCACCGAGGGCGGGCAGUACAACGUGUUCGGCAGCUCGGGCCGCCAGACGGAUGCCCUGGUGGUGGAACUGCGCUCCGGAAGGGUCAAGAUGAUCAAGAGCCUGAAGGAGCCGGUGGCCGCCGAGCAGUGGCGCUGGGGCCGGCAGAACCGCGUCAUGGUGUCCAGCGGGCUGUUCGGACAGUACCUGAUGAGCCCAGCGCAGCAGUCGCUCUUCAUCCUGGACGGCCGUCUGGCCAAGCUCAACUGCGAGAUCACAGAUGUGCCCCGUGGAAACACCGUAGUGUGGGUGGGGGAGCCGUAACCCCCCCCCCCACCCCUGA